AUGCAUUUCCCCAGCGCAAUUGCUCUUCUUACAGCCCUCCCAUCAGUCUUAGCCUGCAAGGGUUAUACUGGAGGACUUCCCAAGCACACAGGAACCAAGACUCUCAGUGCUCCGCAAUAUAUCAAAAAGGGCCAGACCUUCGACGCUGGCUGGGUCAAGUAUGAUCGUGGCGUAAAAUGCACCGGCCAGGAUGAAGGAGGUGAGAAAGAUACUGUUUUCGUCCUCGAGGACGGAGCCAAACUUCGAAACGUCAUUAUCGGCGCCAACCAGCGCGAAGGCGUGUACUGCCUCGGAUCAUGCACUCUCGAAUUCGUCUGGUUCGAGGACGUCUGCGAGGAUGCCAUCUCUAUCAAGGGCGGCGGCACAGCCAACAUCAUCGGAGGUGGCGCCUACAAGGCUGCUGAUAAAAUCAUUCAGCAUAACGGCUGUGGUCAUGUCAACAUCAUCAACUUCUACGCCAACGAUUACGGAAAGGUGUACAGGUCUUGCGGUAACUGCAAGGGUAACUGCCGGCGCUCGGUGCAUAUGGAAGGCACCACUGCUGUGAACGGUGGUGAGUUGAUGGGCAUCAACACCAACUUGGGCGAUAAGGCCACGUACUCCAAUAACUGUUACCCCAAAGUCCAAUGCCAGGGCUACAACGGGUGCGACAAGGGCAAUGGUGCUUGUGAGCCCACCAAGGCUGGUCUUUGUUGA